AUGAGCAAACAGCCGAUACCCAGACAUAUUGCGCACCCAGCAACUAGAGAUUUACCUUACAGUUUUAGGGAGCUAGUUACCGGCUGGAUAGUGCAUAGCAGGAAGGAAAUCACCAUCGGGAAAGGUAGGAAGGCCGCCGUAGCACAGGAGAUGAAUUUAGUCGAACCCCCGGCAUAUCCCGGUAUCUCGACGUCGCAUGCCGAGGUUACGUCAGCAGAGUUGGCGGGCUCACUGGAUAGCGAUGGGCGGGAGAAGCCAGAAGAUGAAAGCCAGAACAAGUGGUGGGCGAUAGCUGUUACUGGAACUGGUCUUUUCUCUGAUGGGUAUGUGAAUAGUUCAAUCGGGUUGGCCUCGACCAUGUUAGCAAAGAUUUAUGGUGACCAGUACUCGAAAUCGCAGGCCAUCUCGUAUAUUACAUCCAUUUCUUUCGCGGGUACAGUGUUGGGUCAGCUUUCAUUUGGUUACUUUGCUGACCGCUAUGGCCGUAGAGGGUCUAUGCUCGUUGGUACUUUGUUGUUGAUUUUUUUUACAAUUAUGACAGCUGGCGCAUGGGGUGUCGGGACGAGUGAUACUAAUCCAGGCGGGCUAUUUGAGGCGCUUGCGGUAUAUCGUUUCUUUGUAGGUAUUGCAAUCGGUUCGGAAUACAGUACUGCUUCACCUGCGGCGGCUGAAGCGUCUAACGCGAUGCCAGUUGGGAAACGUAAUAGGUAUUUUUGUCUUUUCACAAAUGCUAUGAUAGAUCUAGGGAUUGUCCUAGCGUCUGUGGUGCCAUGGGUCUUGGUUAAUAUUGCAAGUGAACGUCGGCUCACACUCGUCUGGCGUUUAACGCUAGGUUUAGGUGCAGUUCCUCCACUAUUAUUAUUCUAUAUGCGUACGAAGUAUCGUGAAUGUGAAGAGUUCCGAAAGAUGCGGUUUAGAAAUACUGCACCAUAUUGGAGAGUAAUUAAGUUCUAUUGGUUCAGGUUGAGCGUGAUCUCCUUGGUGUGGUUCUUCUAUGAUGUUUCCAGUUACAGUUUCGGUACUUAUUCUUCGUACGUUGUAUACACCAUUACAGGUGAUAAUGCUAGUUUUGCUGUAAUAUUUGCGUGGAACAUCUUACUGAACUGUUUUUACAUGCCCGGUGCUUUCCUUGGGGCCAUAUUUGCCGAUUAUUUGGGACCACGUUUAACGCUAUCCUUAGGAGUUGGACUACAAACAAUUAUAGGAUUUUUGAUGACCGUUUUCUUAGAUGGAUUAAAAAAGCAAAUAGCUGCAUUCGUUGUCAUUCUUGGAAUUUUCUUGACCCUAGGUGAAUUUGGUCCAGGUGAUAACCUUGGUUUACUGGCUUCAAAAACUGUUGCUGCUCCUAUCAGAGGACAGUUCUACGGUGUUGCAGCUGCUGUUGGUAAAGUUGGUGCUUUCGCUGGUGCAUAUGCCUUUCCCAAGCUCAUGGAAAGUGCAGGUGGGAGGGAAACUACUAGGGGUUUGCAAGCUCCUUUUUGGGUUUCAUCUGCUCUUUGUCUUGUGAGUACCAUUCUAACUUUAGUCUUUGUACCGCCUGUUCACCAAGAAGCUGUUUCCGAAGAAGACAUAAAAUUCCUUGAAUAUUUGGAAAGUACUGGCUACGAUAUGACAACUAUGGGUGAAAUUACGGUUAAUGACAGUGAAUCUGUAUUCAUUUCAGAUACGCAAUCAGCUUCAAGGACUGCCGAAAAGAAGGAACCUGUUACUCAUGUAACUUAA